GUUCCUGAGCCGGGUAGCCAUCCAGCCCCUGGCCCAAGAGGGCAGGACAUCAUGUGAUGCAGGAAGAGAGCGCAAAUGAUAUGGAAUGUGAGCAGCUGCCAACAGAGAUACUGCGACAAGUGACCAUUCACCGAGACCCUAUUUGUGGCUUUGGCUUCGUGGCUGGCAGUGAGAGGCCUGUGGUGGUUCGUUCUGUGAGGCCAGGAGGCCCUUCUGAGGACAAGCUCCUGGCUGGUGACCAGAUUGUGGCUAUUAAUGAGGAGGACGUGAGUGAAGCCCCCAGGGAGAGGUUCAUAGAACUUAUCAGGAGCGCUAAGGAAUCGAUCGUUCUUACAGUUCUGCACACUCAUCAGUCUCCCAAAUCUGCUUUCAUCAGUGCUGCAAAGAAGGCCAAGCUGAGAUCUAAUCCUGUGAAGGUCCGAUUUUCUGAGCAGGUGGCUGUUGGAGAAACAGAUGCAAAAAUGAUGAAGAAGGAAGCUCUCCUCCUCAUCCCCAACGUCCUGAAGGUUUUCUUAGAAAAUGGGCAGAUCAAGUCAUUCACAUUUGAUGGCCGGACCACUGUCAAGGAUGUGAUGGUGACUUUACAGGACCGUCUCUCACUGAGAUAUAUUGAGCACUUCGCUCUGGUCCUUGAGUAUGCUGGGCCGGAGCAGAACCACAAGUUCCUGCUUCUCCAGGACAAGCAGCCUCUGGCUUAUGUGGUACAGCGGACCCAUUAUCAUGGAAUGAAAUGCCUCUUCCGAAUAAGCUUCUUUCCCAAAGACCCCGUGGAACUACUGCGUCGGGAUCCUGCUGCUUUUGAGUACCUAUACAUCCAGAGUCGAAAUGAUGUUAUCCGAGAACGCUUUGGAAUGGACCCUAAGCCAGAGAUGCUUUUGGGCCUUGCUGCCCUCCACAUCUAUAUCACUGUCUCAGCUACUCGGCCUACUCAGAAGAUCUCACUCAAGAAUGUGGAGAAGGAGUGGGGUUUGGAACCCUUUCUUCCCCCCUCCCUCCUGCAGGGCAUUAAAGAGAAGAACCUUCGAAAAUCUCUCUCUCAGCAACUGAAAGCUCACCAAACUCAUCCUUCUAGUGGCACCAAGGGCUCUGCAAUUCAAGCAAAGCUCCAGUACCUUCGAAUUCUGAAUGAACUUCCGACCUUCACUGGCGUUUUGUUCAACACUGUGGGCCUGGACGAGAAACAGUCAGCCACCACUCUCCUAGUGGGACCCCGUCACGGCAUCAGCCAUGUUAUUGACCUCAAAACCAACCUCACCACUGUGCUGUCUGAGUUCAGCAAGAUCAGUAAGAUCCAGCUGUUCCGGGAGAACCAGGGUGUGGCCCGAGUGGAGACAAGCAUCAUGGAUGCCAAGCCUCUGGUGCUGUUGAUGGAGUGGCCAGAAGCCACCAACUUUGCCUGCCUGAUUGCAGGGUACUGCCGCCUCCUGCUGGAUUCCAGAAAGAUGGUCUUCUCCAGGCCUUCCAGCCAGCCCCUUCCACCUCCAAUGAUCAAGGCAGAUUACAUGCACAGCGCCCACCGCCCUGUCACUGGGGGCCACCUGGGGAAAAAGGAGAGUAGUUAUGUGGGCAGCGUGGUCACCAGCCCCAGGAAGUCGAGCCGCUGCACGCCCCCGCCUGCCGACUCUGAGCUUGUCAGCUUCUGCUACCUCCACAUGCGGGAACAAAGGAAGGAGCAGGAAAACCGGACAGAUGUCAAUGAGAACUUAAUCUUCUUUGAAGAGACCAGGCCCCGGACCAAGUCUGACCCCACAUCCAAAAGUUCUGGCCAAGGUUAUGAGGUAAUACCUGAUGACUUUGAUGCAGCCAGCCUAGACCAUGAGCCUUGUGCCAGCAGGGCCCGGUCAUAUACCUUGGACAAUUCCCUUGGGGCUGAAGCCCUGAAUUUCUACUGUGACUCUUGCAAAGCCAAACUCCAGGAACAGCUGGGCCCUCGCAAAAGUGGGAGGCCAGGCACCACUCCUGACAAUAUGGUAGACUUGAUGUCCCUCCCACCACCAGGGAGUGAGGAGGAAGAAGAAGAAGAAGAUGAGACAACUUCUCUGUUGCCUGCCAUUGCUGCCCCACCCCCUGGUUUCCGAGACAACAGCUCUGAUGAGGAUGAUCCCAAGCGCAGGGCUGUCCAGAGUCAAGAGCAAGGACGUCACCUGCAUGGGCUCCUGUAUGAUGAGAUACCAGUGACCCUGAUUGACAGUGUGCAGACCCGGACUGUCCGAGAUCAUGCCCAGGAGCUCGAUGAUGCACUGGUGUCCACCCUUCAGGCUCUGGAAGCCCUAGCUGCAUCAGAGGAUGGACCUCACCCACCACCCCCACAGACUGCAGGUCUGAUUGUGCUGGCCACAAUCACUCCUGAAUCCUCGCUGGACUCGGGCCAUGAAACCAACUCUUCAGAGCUCACGGACAUGUCAGAGAUGAUGUCGGCCAUGAAGCAGCACCAGAAUACCACCUACUUCCUGGCUCAGCACCUCAAUAAGGACAGCCUCCUUGCCCGCAAGGACCUGCCCUUCCGGAUCCAGAGUUGUGCAGCCCAGGCCGUUCUCACGGCCCCUUAUUCUCUUGGGCGCCCGGAUCCCAACCCGUCCCUCCAGCCAGCUGUCACAGGCCAGAGUCCUGGUCCUCCAGGUGCUCGGAGAAAGCUGCCCCCAUCCGAGGCUCAGGCACAGGGAGAGCGAACAUACUCCCUGGCAGUGCACCCGGCACUGUCUCCACAGCUGAAUGAGCAGAAGAAUCUGAGCCUUCUGCCCCCAGUUCCUGAGGACAAAGGGCCUGGCCAUAGCAGGGCAGGCAUGGAGAUGUCAUUGAGGGCAGCCACACCAACCCUAGGUGAAGAGCAGGUCACAGAGCUGAGGGACAACCUGCCUAAGGAGGUCAGGUUGAGCCCUAAGCUUAUCCUGGACCCAAAAGGCAGUGUGACCCCAGCUAUCAUCUCAGCUGCCCUUCAGCAGGUAGUGCACAGUAAGAGUCUAGGCACACCCAGCGGGGCUUUGGGGAAUCCCCCUAGCAGGGGUGAGAGAAGACUGGAGGCCAGUGUGGGGAGGCCAGAAGAUAACAUAGUGGGCAGCAGUGCCAAUAAGAAUCCGAAGAUUAAAGUGAGCCCUGGUGCUCCAGAGCCCUCAUGGAAUUCAUCUGCCAGCCCCCGAACACCCAUGGGCAGCCGGGCUGAUAACCUCCACCUCUUUCCACAAGAGGACAGACUUUCUAUUCAAAGUUUCCCUCCCAAGAGCUAUGUAUCACGAGCAAGUCGGGAAUCAAUGGGCAAACAAGCUUCAGGGGAGAUGGCAGGCAAGGGUGGGCAAGAGGGGGCAAAGCCUCCCCUAUACAAGCAGAGCACCAGUUCCAGCCAGGGGGAGAAGGGGCAACUGGAGAGCACCUCCAAAAGCAAUAAGCUUGAGGAGACCAGCCUGGUUCCCCGAACUGGCUACCCUAUGGCUCUGCAGAGCCCUUGCUGCCAGUCCCGAAGCCACAGCCCAAGCUGCCAGCCCCGUGCUCACAGUCCAAGUAGUCAAUCCCGAGGUCAGAGCCCCAGCUGCCAACCUCGAGGCCAGAGUCCACUGAGGCCACAGGCUGCCAGCCGGCAGGUGAGCACCAUGCCUUCCAGAAAGCUUGAAAGCACCCUGGACGGAGCCUACUCGGCCUCUGAAGGUCCCACAAAGCCCAAGUCAUCCCGAGGUCCUUUCCGACUUCGCAAUUUAUUCUCAGCUACCUUCCCCACACGCCAAAAGAAGGAGACAGAUGAGCGCCAGGCCCAGCUGCAGAAGGUAAAGCAGUACGAGCUGGAAUUCCUCGAGGAACUUUUAAAGCCACCAAGCCAGGGGGAGCUGCCGAGCACCGAGUACCUGCAGCCUCCAGCACCUGGCCGCUGCAGCUGCCAGCUUCGUAGCAGCCCCGUGCAACAAGGACCUGGCAUGUCCCGUGAACAGAGGCGGAGCUGUGACUGUAAGCGUAUCAGUCGAGGAGGCCGGCCCCAGGCCGCCCAGACACCAGUACCUGGCAUCCAUGGGAGGGAGAGGGACAGAGUCCCCCCUACCCAGAGGCAGCCAGAGGCUGGCCCAGGCUUGAGCCUCAGCAGCCCUAUCAAUGUCCGGCGCAUCCGAUCCACCAGCCUGGAAUCGCGAGAGUGCCGAUCAGAUCCUGAGAGUGGUGUUUCGUGCCUGACCACGUGUGCCUCGGGGGGUGAAUGUCUGGGAGCUCCCAACUACCGGAAACUGAUGCGCCGCUACAGUGUCAGUGAGCUGGACCAAGGUGAGAGUGCCUCACUGACCUCGGAUGUCUACCCGCACCCACCCCUGGGCAUGCUGCCCAGGGAAGCCAAGGACGUAGAGGCAGGCCUCCCUCUCCCCUUGGGUCCCAAAAGCAAGUCUGUGGAAUCACCGACCCUGGGAGACCCCUCUUACGUCCAGGUAGCCCCUGAGACCAAAGGUCCCAGACAGAUGGCUGUGUUCUCACUGCCAGAGGAGGUAUACCGGAAGCCUGCCGACCUGGAUGAAGACAGUGAGAGUGGCAAGUGCUGCUCCAUACGCUACUGCUUCUAUUACCGCAAGUGCGACAUGGCCGAUGAUGCCAGUGAUGGCAAGGACGAGCUCUCCUACUCCAUCCCCAUGAAGAUUCUGCCUGGCAUGAAGUUGGAUGAACAGGUAGUACCUGUGGUGAGCAGAACCCUGCAGGUGCUGGAUGCUGCUACCUGCAGCAGCAGCAGCCCCGAGGCUUCCCGUACCCAGGAGAUUGACCUUCGGGUGUCCACCUUUGAAGGAAGCCUGGCCAAGAUCAAUGCCCUACGAGCCCAUGCCUAUGGCCUCCCUGAUGGCUUCCUGGCUGCCCGACUGGACACCAAUGAGCUGCUGACAGUCUUACGACAGUGUGUGGCCAGCCCAGAGGCCCGUGCCCCCAAGCCCUAUGUCUCCCAGAUUUCUGAGUACAAGCUUGAGCUAGCUCUCAAAUUCAAGGAGCUCCGAGCUUCUUGUCGCCGCGUGGCCAACGUGGACAAGAGCCCUACUCACAUGCUGGCGGCCAUCACAGGCAGUUUCCAGGUGCUGAGCAGCCUCAUUGAGACCUUUGUGCGGCUGGUGUUCAUCGUGCGCUCUGAAGCCCAGCGCCAAGAGCUGCUGGCCAAGGUAGAAGAGGUAGUAAGGAAUUACACCUUCCUCCUACGUGCCGCCGAGGAGUCCACAGCCCGGAACCUCAGCCAGCAGCAGCAGCAGCAGCAACAACAACAACAGCAGCAGCAGCAGCAGCAGCAAGCAGCAGCAGCCACAGAGGCUGCCACGGGGCACCCACCAGGCUCCCCAACUUCGGCGACUGUUAUGAGCACAUUCACCCGCUCCUUAAAAACCCUUAUUAAGUAGGGCAUUGGCUUAGGCCUGCCCCUCCCCACCCACGGCACCAGGUUUGAGCUUUGUGGUCCUUGCAUCUUGUGGUGAGUGUGUGUGUGUGUGUGUGUGUGUGUGUGUCUGCUGGGCCAGUCAGGGUCCAAGAGCCCAUCAGUCUCCAGGGAGUGAAAACUCCCUUUGACUGAGGCUCUCUCUUAAGGGCUGCAGGCCUAGCUUCUGCCGCCCUGGGGUCAUCCCCUCCCCCCUGUUGCCUGGCCUCUGGGUGUCACUGUGAGGGCAGAGGCCCCUCGCCACUACGCCCAUUCCAGAGCUGUAUUUUCUCUCUUCUCUUCUCCGGAGCUGAGAGGUGACAUCAAGCUCACUUCCUGCUCUGAAGUGGGCACCAGAGAGCUGGGGUCUUGAGCUCCUCCUGGCAUCUGCUCCCCUACAGGGAGCAGCAGCAGUAGCAGUCGGCCCAAGUGCCGAGCCAAGAAGAGAGGGUGCUCCGUCCAGAUGCACCUGCCCAUCCUGGGCUCACACUCACCUGGCAGGAGCCACUGCAGAGGCCCAUGCACAGGUAGGAUGUGCACAGAGAACAGCCAGGCCUGGCUGUUUGUGGCUGGCCCAACAGGCUGGCAGCAUCGGGAGCCUUCCGCCCCAGGUAUAGUAGCUCCACACCAGCCAUCCCCAAAGUGCCCUGCCCCUUACUGAUGGGCAAGGCCGCUCAGUCCACUAGGGAGCAGGCCUCUGGGAUCACCCCCUUGUGUUAGGGAAGAUACCUGGUGAAAAUGUCUGCCCUGGUGACACCCAGAGCAGAUCUUGGAGCCUGCCUGGCCCAGCUCUGCUCUGCCCUGCGUGCAGGCUAUGGCCAGAGGCAUGCAGUUCCACUCUCAACAUCUCUACCAGACAGACUUGUGCUUAGGAGUUUGACUUAGCUAUGGAUUGGGGUGGGGGGUGGGGGGAGGGGGGCAGGGGUGGGGUGGGUGUUGAUGACUAUAUCUUAAACUUCUGGAAGCUAGCGUGAUAUGUUAAUCCUGAGUAUAUGCUUUUGGCUGUGUAUUGACCCUGUGGAUUUGUCUCUCUAAGAAAAGAAGCUGAGCGCCUUACCCGGUGCAUUCCUGCACCUCUCUCUCCCUCUCCGGAGCCAUCUGGAAGGGAAUUCACACUGUUUAGCAUCCUCCUUGACACACAUCUGUUGCCGCCGCUGCUGCCACCACCACCACUGCUGCCAUCGCCACUGCCACCACCGCUGCCACCCCACCCCACCCCCACCCUCCUGGGAGUGAAGACACGGAGUCCCUACCAAGGUCCCACCGUAGGGAACAAAGAAAGCCAAUGUUUCUUCUGUAUAGAUUGCUUCUUGUCCACCUCUCCAUAUCUCCCUGUGGCCCACCCCACCUCCCAUACCCUUUGUCUGCCUCUCUUUCAUCACUCUAUGAGAGGCCCAUGUGAAAUCUCUCGUUCUUAUGUGAGUUUUAUAAAGAUGUACACUGUGCUGAGCCCCUGCCCAAUCUUGGUAGCCCCUACUGCAAUAACCUUACCCCUGCCCCCGAGUGGCAAGGUCUCCUGGCAAGGAGGAGGGGUGUCCCUUCUCUAGAAGCAGUGCCCACCCUUCCUUGCCUCUCCUCCCCCAGGACCAAGUUGUUUAAUGGGCCAGAGAUGCAGCCAAUGGGGAACCCUUUCCCCUACAGCCACUGCCAGCCCCAGGGCUGACGUGGUCUUCCUCUUCCCGCAACUUCUUGAUCCUACAACCUUUGCCACUCAGUCUCUGCCUGUGUCAUUCCAGCGCCAUCAUUCACCUCUCCCUCAGCCUCAUGGAGAGGGAACAUUUUCUAAUGUCUGUACAUAGUAUAUAUACUACAUAAAAUAUAUAAAUUAUAUAUAUACACUAAUUUAUGUCUUGUUUUUCAAACAAGAAUGAUUAAAUCUAUUCAUGUUAUUAUCCCA